GUGGACCACAAGUCAGUGCAAUGAGGCUCUAGGUGGGCACCAGCUCGAGGUUGCAAAGAGGGCCUCGGGCACACUUUAAGCCCAGGUUCGACGCAUCCGGGAAGCUCCUUCACCCCGUUGCUUUCCGCGCAUUCUCACGAUGGCUGCUCAACGCCCGAGGUACGGUUGCAGCUGUGCAGCCUGGCAUCGAGCUCGUCGCAGCCGGCCGGGUGUGUGGGAGGGCUCAAAGGAACUCAUUGGAUCCGGCCCGCGUCGCAGCUAUCAGAUUACAGUACUUUUUUUGACCUGUGACGUUUUCCUCAUCAGCUACUUUAGCCCCGCUCACCCCACCAUACGACCCAACAAACACCGCGCCUUCCCAGCCCACCACAAAUCUCUUCUUCCAAGCUUCCAGACUACUUUAGAUCCCUUUAAAGCAACAAAAGUCUAUCCAUCAUGGUUGUCAAGGUCGGUAUCAACGGUUUCGGCCGCAUUGGGCGUAUCGUCUUCCGUAACGCCAUCGAGCACAACGAUGUCGAGAUCGUCGCUGUCAACGAUCCCUUCAUUGAGCCCCACUACGCUGCCUACAUGCUCAAGUAUGACAGCACGCACGGCCGCUUCAACGGCGACAUCAAGGUUGAGGGCAACAACCUGUCCAUCAACGGCAAGACCAUCCGCUUCUACACCGAGAAGGACCCCGCGAACAUCCCCUGGAGCGAGACCGGCGCUUUCUACGUCGUCGAGUCCACCGGUGUCUUCACCACCACCGAGAAGGCUAAGGCUCACUUGAAGGGUGGUGCCAAGAAGGUCGUCAUCUCUGCCCCCUCUGCUGAUGCCCCGAUGUUCGUCAUGGGUGUCAACAACGAGACCUACACAAAGGACAUUGAGGUCCUCUCCAAUGCCUCUUGCACAACCAACUGCUUGGCUCCCCUCGCCAAGGUCAUCCACGACAAGUUCACCAUUGUCGAGGGUCUCAUGACCACUGUCCACUCCUACACCGCCACCCAGAAGGUCGUUGACGGCCCCUCCGCUAAGGACUGGCGUGGUGGCCGUACCGCUGCUCAGAACAUUAUCCCUUCCAGCACCGGUGCCGCCAAGGCUGUCGGCAAGGUCAUCCCCGACCUCAACGGCAAGCUUACCGGCAUGUCUAUGCGUGUCCCCACCUCCAACGUCUCCGUUGUUGACUUGACUGUCCGCAUCGAGAAGGGCGCUUCCUACGACGAGAUCAAGGAGGCCGUCAAGGAGGCUUCCGAGGGCAAGCUCAAGGGCAUCCUCGGCUACACUGAGGACGAGAUCGUCUCCUCUGAUCUGAACGGUGACGACCGCUCCUCCAUCUUCGAUGCUAAGGCCGGUAUCUCCCUGAACAAGAACUUUGUCAAGCUUGUCUCCUGGUACGACAACGAGUGGGGUUACUCCCGCCGUGUCCUCGACCUUUUGGUCUACAUUGCCAAGGUUGAUGGCAACGCUUAGGAGUCAGGACAGAGCCAGGCUAUGCCUAAGCUUUGAGAGCUGAGUUGGAAGGACAUGAAAGCCACUGUGUUAGUAGUUCCUAGGAUGAAAAUACGCUGGGUUUGCAGCACCAAA